AUGGUGGUGCGGAUAGAGAAAGCACGCCCGCCGCCGCCGUCCCGGGUGCGGAGGCCGCCGCUGCUGCUGCGGGAUGCACCGUCGAGAGGUCGUGGCUGCUCGGAUUGGAAGCGACGAACCCUUCAGGCUUUCGUCUUCGUCGCCAUUUUGUCUCCACUAUGCUUGGCACCCGGUGCGGAUGCUUUGUUCCUGAAGAAGAAGCUCAAGCUUUUGAAGGCCAGCAAAGGCAAGUUUGGUCUUAGGCCCCAGCCCCAGCCGCAGCACGCGGUCGGCGCAGCGUGGUUGCCGCCGCCUCAGUGGGUGCCGCCCCCUCACCCGGUGCCGCUGAGCGGACCUCCGGUUGCCCACUGGAGCUACCCUGGCGACUACUCUGGGUGGGUGCCCCCGCCAGCGCCACAACCAGUGCCGGCACACGGCUCGGUCGCCGCACCACCAGCUGUGCACGCUGCCCACCCACCACCGCAGGGGCCCACGACGACGUACGUGGUCGAGGCGCCAGUGGCCCCCGGAACAGCGUCGUUCGCAUCGGCCGCUGGCAAGGGAGCGCACCGGCCGAGGGGACCGCAGGAGUACCAGUACACGCUGCACUGUCCGUACGAGCUGUACAUCCAGGCCGAGCAGCCCACGAACAACAAGGACCGCUGGUGA